AAUGAAAUGUUUGUUCAGCCGACGAGUAGUGUUUGUGUUUCUCUUCCCGGCCGGCGUACUUGGAUACCAUGCUCAUUGAGAGCUGAGAGCACAUGCUUGGGUUGAUCAAAAUGUUAGGCGGCCCCUGCUGGCCACAGCUUGGACCAACUACUGUUACUAGAUUACUACUCCCUUUGUCCCAUAAUAUAAGAGUGUAGUGUCAAAAACGCUCUUAUAUUAUGGAACGGAGGGAGUAGAUUCUAAUAACCCUGUAGCUGGGGUAGAUAAGAUUAGGCCAAGUGCUGUUUCCUGUUACAGUAAGUACUAGAUUAGAAUAUUGCAACCCUGGAGUGGAUUAGCCUAUGACGUCGUGUGCUUAUUAGAAGAGGUGGAUUGGAUUAGUGGGUGUACUACUAGUACUACUAGAUUGGAUUAGUUGGAGAGCAUCACUAGUUACACUACUAGAUGCACGGAGUGGCCUUCGCAUGGCACAUGGCAGGCCCAUAUGGCACAAGCCAGUCAUUCAUGGCGACUUGGUACUGCCUCCGUCGCCCCGUCCUCUCCUGCCUCUUCACUUUCCUGCUCGGCCGUCUCUGCACCGUCCACGUAGGGGUGAAUAUGGUCUUCUUCGAGCUCCAUUCUAUUCGCUCCGUCUUAAAAUAAAUGACUCAAUUUCGUACUAAAACUAAUAUAAAAUUAACUCACUUAUUUUGAAACGGAGGGAGUAGGAGCUCUGAAGGUGGUUGGUAAGAGUCACGGAGAGAGGUAAUGUCGGGAUAUGCACAGUGACAGCAUUAAAUAAAUGCAGGUGUCUCUGUGUCCCACCUGCCUAAAAGUCGCUUGAUAACAGCCUUACCUUCAGUUUAACUUAAUCAGUUUGUGGCAAAAGACGUGGCCUGUCCCAUCAGUUUUGGACUCUUCUCCCUCUCUCUCUCCUACCAGCAAAGAAAAUAAAAGAAAUUUUUGUACUGUUGUGGCAUUUAUAUAUUCUCCUUUCUCGAUCAAUGGAUAGCAUACACGGCUAGGGAGGUGAUGGCAACAGCCCACCCACUGCUUAGACGGAGCGUGACACCCAUAUUUCCUACGUACUACCACUGGUAGAUUAGACUAGAUUGCGGGGGACAGGUCUAUGGUUGGCAACGCCUAUUUGGCAUGCACAACUAGGGUGAGUCAUACAUACUCCCUCCGUAUCAUAAUAUAUUCGUUUUAGCAGUUUAAUUUAAGCUGCUAAAAUGACAUAUAUUAUGGUACAUAUGACGUACAUGGCGUGUUCUCCAUGCAUGGUCGUAAGCGAGAUGCCACCUCCCACUCCGAAAGAACCUUUCUACACCCACGAGCAAACGCUCCUGGUGUGAACAGUAAAAUAAACAAAUCAAAAAAAUUAAAAAAUCCUGAAAUCUUUUUGUGACAUACUUUCACAAAUGUUUGUUGUGCAUGUAAAAAUUCAUGAAGAAAUCACAUUGGUAGAAGUCGUGCCAAAAAACAAAAUCAGAAACUGCAAAAUGCUUUUGUAAGUAGUAACAUAUUCAGAGCAUCAAUUUUGUUUUUUUACCACGCCUUCUACCAAUGUGAUUUUGCGAUGAAAUUUUGCAUGCACAACAAGCACUUGUGAAAGUAUGCCACAAAAAAUAUCAGAAUUUUUUCUAUUGUUUUUGAAUAUUUUUGAUGUUACUGUUCACACCAGGAGCAUUUGCUCCUGGUCCGUCCAACUCUCUCUUCUUUCAUCUAGAUCCACACACAUGAUCUUCUUUCCUGGCUUCUUCCCUUGUCAAUCACAUGCCACAUGGUGUUUAGUUUGUACACUUCCAUCUAGACCUGCCCACAAGAUUUAGAUCUUCCCCUUUCUCUUCCCUUCCAUUGUGGUCUCUACCCUUUCAGGCGUCUUCAAGUGCUUGGACCGUUCCAAUUAUCGACUAUAUGGUCCUGAAAAAGAUAACGUUGUGCCCACAUCAAUAAGUGCAGUGUGACUCCUUAAGUCAAGGCGCUGGGCAUGGGAAGUGCAGUGGAGACCCUCUGCGGGCAGGCCUACGGUGCCCACAAGUACGACAUGCUCGGAAUCUACCUACAGCGCUCCGUCAUUCUGUUGGGCUUAACCGGCAUACCACUUGCUGUGAUGUACGCUUUCUCGGAGCCACUCCUCUUGUUGAUGGGACAGUCACCCGAGAUAGCCCGUGCCGCAUCGAUCUUCGUGUACGGCCUGAUUCCUCAGAUCUUCGCGUACGCCGUCAACUUCCCCAUUCAGAAGUUUCUGCAAGCCCAGAGCAUCGUCCUGCCGAGUGCUUACAUCUCAACGGCAACACUCAUUCUACAUGUGAUGCUGAGCUGGGUGCUAAUGUACAAGGUUGGCCUUGGGCUGCUCGGUGCCUCGCUGGUGCUGAGUGUGAGCUGGUGGAUUAUCGUCGGAGUGCAAUUUGUGUACAUUGUCGUGAGCCCGACGUGCCGACACACAUGGACGGGAUUCAGUUGGCAGGCCUUCUCCGGUUUGCCGAGCUUCUUCAAACUCUCCGCCGCAUCUGCUGUGAUGCUAUGCCUUGAAGCAUGGUACUUUCAGGUGCUUGUGCUCAUUGCUGGAUUGCUCCCCAACCCUGAGAUUGCCCUGGAUUCCCUCUCUGUAUGUAUGACGAUUUAUGGUUGGGUGUUCAUGAUCUCCGUUGGGUUCAAUGCUGCUGCAAGUGUAAGAGUGAGCAAUGAGCUUGGUGCCGGCAACCCCAAGUCUGCAUUUUUCUCUGUGUGGGUCGUGACCGGGCUCUCUGCAACAAUCUCAACCAUCCUUGCUGUUGUGAUCCUCUGCCUCCGCAACCACAUCAGCUACUUGUUCACAAAUGGUGAAGCAGUUUCGGAUGCGGUAGCAGAUCUCAGCCCAUUGCUCGCCAUCACGCUCGUUCUCGGUGGCAUCCAACCUGUACUGACAGGUGUUGCUGUUGGAUGUGGAUGGCAACAAUUUGUUGCUUACGUGAACGUCGGCUCUUACUACAUUGUAGGCGUUCCACUUGGUGUUGUUCUCGGUUUUUUCUUCAAUCUUGGCGCAAAGGGUAUUUGGGGUGGCUUGAUUGGGGGAACGGCCCUGCAGACGACCAUUCUGCUGUGGGUCACCAUCAGGACUGACUGGACCAAAGAGGUAGAGGAGGCACAGAAAAGGUUGAACAAGUGGGACGAGAAGAAACAGCCUCUCCUUGCAGGGUUCAACGAUAAUGACAAAUAAGUGGACCAGUCUAGAUGUGUGUUUCACUUGAACGAUGCAGAAGUGUGCUGGCUAUGAGACUCACAGUCUUCGUGGGCGUGAGUGGCUGAAUUCAGGUCUCUUGAUUCUCGUGUAGAUUAUCAAAGAGUUUAUGUCUCAAUUUUUGGUGGACAAGCCAGUGAUGGGCUUGCUAGUAUAUAUACGGUAGGCUUGGUUAGCAUGUUACAUCUUUGUUUUGUCCAAUUGUCUAUAAGUUAUGUGUUUCUCCUUCUUCCUUGGGAGACCAUUAUUUGGCGUCUUUGUGAUUAGCUUUGGCAUGAUGCAGAAGCGGGUAAUGAAAAUGGUGUGAAGUUUUGGACAGGAGCCCGGAAUUUGGAAUUUGGAAAUCAUGUGAAAAUUCUAUUUUAUA